AUGGGUGGCGGUCCCCCAGAAGGAACAGAUGAUCCAUUCUUAUCGGAAGCAGAGCGAGCAGAGAUGAUGAACUAUAACGAAAGGUUCUCAGGCAGGCCGGAAAUGGAGGAAAGGGUCAGGAGUAACAGACAAAUGGCAGACGAGGCUACUGCGGACCAAAUCGAGGUCUCCACACCAUUUGAAGAUGAAACUGAUUCAAAUACGUUAAAUAGAUCUUUCAACGAGCUUUUUGGAGUUUCCAGUGAAUCACGGUAUAGCACUCCGGCCCACUCUGGCGAGUUCAAUAAUCAUGAAACCGACGAGUUUUCGCCCGCUGCUCCGCAAACUCAGUAUACUCAUAAUCAAGGUUCUGCCACGUUAAAUGGAUCUUCAACUUUUGGAGUUUCCAGUGAAUCGCAGUAUAGCACUCCGGCUCAUUCUGGCGAGUUUAAUAGUCAUGAGUUUUCGUCAACUGCUCCGCAAACUCAGUACACUCAUAGACAGGGUUCUAAUGGAUCUUUCAACGAUUCUUUUGGAAUUUCCCACGAAUCGCAGGAUAGCACUCCGGCCCAUUCUGGCGAGUUCAAUAAUUAUGAAACCGACGAGUUCUCAUCCGCUGCUCCGCAAACUCAGUAUACUCAUAAACAGGGUUCUGCCACGUUAAAUGGAUCUUUCAGCGAGCCUUUUGGAGUUCCCAAUGCGUCGUAUAACACUCCGGUCCCCUCUGGCGACUUCAAUAAUCAUGAAACCGAUGAGUUUUCGCUUGCUGCUCCGCAGACUGACUUCGCUCUUAUACAAAAUUCUACCUAUGAAGAUAAUUGGUCUUUUGAGCAAUCUGUAAUGAAGCGCGAAGCGGAAAAGAAUCCGUUUGUCGGUCGGCUAGAGAGCAUUGAAGAAUUGAUGAGGGAAUACGAACAUGGAAGCGAAUCUUAUCGUCAGAAGAUACAAAAACUGGCUGAGAAACAUGGUAAGAUCAGGCGCUGUCGUGGUGACGGAAAUUGUUUCUACCGAGCAUUGGUUUUUGCUUGGUUUGAACGGCUUCUCCAUUCCAAAAGUCAUCAUCUUAUACAAAAGGCAAUUGACACGGUUAAGUCGACUUAUCGCCUUCUACUCUCGGCAUCGUUCCAACAGGAGGUUAUCGAGGAUUUCUAUGAUGGAGUUUACCAACUUUUGCAAUCGAUUGCGAAGGGAAAUACGGACGAUGAGUCGCUAUGGUCCGCGUUUCAGGUCGGCAUGACCACUAAUUCCCUCGUAUGGUACUUUAGAGCUGUUACCUCUGCAUUUUUGAAAAAGAAUAGGGACGAGUUUGAACCAUUUCUAGAAGUAGAUAUGGACAUGGAUCAAUACUGUGGGACAUUUGUGGAGGUUAUGGACAAAGAAGCUGACCAUAUUCACGUUACGGUGUUGACUCGGGCAUUGCGAGUUCCUGUGGAAAUCGCAUAUUUGAGCGGAUCAGAGGCAUUAGAAGAAGUUAACUUCCAUGAGUUUUAUCCUGAACCGGAAGAAGACGAUGGUGUACCGACUGUUCCGUUGAAACCUUUAGUUUUGUUAUAUAGGCCAGGUCACUAUGAUAUUUUGUAUCGAAACGAAUAA